GAUAGCUUAUGGCCAUAAAAAUUUAUUAUUAUUAAUUUUAAAUGAAAAAACCGACCUUAAUAGUGAUCACUUCAACGGGAUCUUCUCCUAGAUACCCAUUUAUCUCCUUUGUCACUCUAAAUAUCAAAAAAAUAUCACAACCAAUGAAUGUGGAAACUCUUUUUCAUCAGAUUUCAUGCUAGAAACGCUCUUUACUUGUUUAAAAAGUAACAGAAAAUCGCUAUCAAAGAGAUCAAGAUAACACAAAUCCUCCAGUUGCUGCGACAAAGUCGACUCGGUUGACGCUCUGCAGUAGCUGUCUACUUUCACGUCGGACCGUUUGGAUUAGAAGUGACGCGACACUGCAGCGAGUUUAGAACACAUCCUGACCUCUCGCUUUAAACAGUGUUACGCCGUUCCUUAUAAAGCCUAACAAUCGCCAUGGCUGACGCCGCUGCUCCCGUUGCUUCUACUUCUGCACCUGUGAAGAAAGCCGCGAAGGCUAAGAAGCCUGACACCGAGUACACGUACACCGAGACGAUCUUGCCUUCCAUCGAAGUACCGAAGGUUCGCAAAGGAUCUGGUAUGGUAAUCAAGAAGUACACCUUCACCACGACGACAUACAAGUUCGACGAGAAGGCUGUCCGCUCGCACGGGCGUGUGGCGCUCAAGCGAGCAGUUGCACCGGGAACUAGUAAGCAUGAUUUCAAGAAGACUAGUGGUUCAGGCUCCUUCAAGCUCCCUGAUAAAGCCGCCGGUCCUAAGAAUGCUCCUGCUGUCAAGGAGCCUGACACCGAGUACACGUACACCGAGACGAUCUCGACUUCCAUCAAAGUACCGAAGGUUCGCAAAGGAUCUGGUCUGGUAAUCAAGAAGUUCACCGUCACCUUUAAAACAUACAAGUUCGACGAGAAGGCUGUCCGCUCGCACGGGCGUGUGGCGCUCAAGCGAGCAGUUGCACCGGGAACUAGUAAGCAUGAUUUCAAGAAGACUAGUGGUUCAGGCUCCUUCAUGCUCCCUGAUAAAGCCGCCGGUCCUAAGAAGGCUCCUGCUGUCAAGGUCAAGACCCCCAAGAAGGCCAAGACCACCACCGAGAAGCCUGCUGUCAAGAAGAGCCCCAACAAGUCCGCGAAGAAAGCCGUCAAGUCUCCUGCCUCCAAGAAGCCCAAGGCGAAGAAACCUGUUGCCGAGAAGGUCACGCCUAAGAAGUAAAUUUGUUGUUGUUGAAGAUUAGGUUGAAAGGAAUUCAUUUGUAAAUACUCAUGAUGAGGAGUGGAGUAAGUUUCAUCGUAGUUUUAUAGUUUCACCAAAGUUUAUCUCGGUUUAUAGCAUUUUUUUCUUUAAUGGAAUCUAUUUAGUGUAUUCAGUGAAGCUGUAAUGCCUGACUAAGUUCUACGGACAUGUGCAUUAGUGCUUGUACUAUGUACCUGAUUAUUUUAGUAAAGAUUUUGAAAAUAUUA